AAGGUGUGUGUGUGUGUGUGUUCCGAGCUGCACAGCUGUAAUAGUCCGCCUGUUGUUCCUGGGGCUCGGGGAAAGGGCGACAUCUGUCGGUGGAGUCCGGGUACUGUGGGAACACGGCCAGCAGAUCUCCAGGAAACACACAAAGCAAACAGGAUCAUCACAAUUGUUAAUGGAAAUAAACUCACAAAAGAACAAAAAGACUGGUCACGGACUGCAGCUGUGGAAAACAACACUGGGUCGGUAAAAAUGUGGUUGUUUUAUUUGAUUGAUUCGAGUUUCUUCAGUCUGGGAAUUCCUGAACUCAGGGAUCUGUUGAGCAAUCUCCCCCGCUGCUGAUUAAAUGACCCGAAGCGCUCCAUGGAACAGAGGAGAGGGCCGGAGCCUGAGGAGCACAUCAUGAAGAUGGAUUUGGUUGCAGUUCUGUCUUCUUUGGCAUUGUUGGUCGUUUUUCUGUCUCCAGUUUGCUGUCAGCAGCCUGUGAACUGCAGAUGGGGGCCCUAUGGACAGUGGUCUGAGUGUGAUGGGUGCUCCAGUACGAAGGUGCAAACUCGCCAUGUGGAGGUGUACACCCAGUUUGGGGGUGUGCGAUGUUCAGAAGAAGCCACACAAACACAACCGUGUGUCCCACAGAAAGGAUGUCCCCUGGCAACAGGCUGUGGAGACAGGUUCCGCUGUACCUCUGGUCAGUGUAUCAGCCAGUCUCUGGUGUGUAAUGGAGACCAGGACUGUGAGGAUGGUCUGGAUGAGAGAAGCUGUGAUGGAGACAGCAGCCAGUACUCAUGCGACAUUGACAAAACGCCUCCCAACUCUGGCUUCACAGGCAGAGGGUACAACGUGUUGACAGGCAAACUGAGAGCAGGUGUGAUCAACACUCUGAGCUUUGCAGGGCAGUGCAGGAAGGUGUUCAGUGGUGACCAUAAAGUCUACUACAGACUGCCAGGGAACAUCCUCAGGUACAACUUUGAGGUGAUGGUAGACAAUGAAAAUAGCGAUGAAUCCUACGAGAGCUCCUGGUCCUACGUGCAGCACAUCCAGGCCAACGCGUUGGUGGGACACGACCGUCGCACUUUCCAUAAAGAGCUCACUGACAAUAAGGCCUACAGACUUAUCAUUCUGAAGAAUAAAGUUGAGCUGGCCCAGUUCCAAAACUCUGCCCCACAGUAUCUGACUCUGGCUGAAGGAUUCUGGAAGGCCUUGUCCUCGCUGCCGUACACGUACGACUACUCUGCCUACCGCCGGCUGUUUGAGACGUACGGCACACACUACCUCUCCGAGGGCUCACUCGGAGGCGAAUACCAAGCUUUGUUGGAGUUAGACCACCAGGCGCUCGAAUCCACCAGUACAACAAAUAUAGACUACCAGAGGUGUUGGAGAAAGGUGAAGCGCCGUCUCUUCAGGAAGAAAGUCAAGACAGUCUGUGAAAAACUAACAAAGUCUUUGGCAUCCAGCCACGAAAACAAAGUAAACAACAUGCCCAUUAAGGUCAACAUCUUCGGUGGAGAUACGGCCUUUACAGCCGCUCUGACUCGUCUAGAUCUGGAUAACCCAGAAGCUAACGGAGAGAUCUACGACAACUGGGCCUCGUCUGUCAAAGACUUCCCUGAAGUAACAGACCAGAAGCUGCGUCCACUAUAUGAGCUGGUGAAGGAAGUGCAGUGUGCAGGUUUGAAGAAGCUCAACCUGAAAAGAGCCACUGAGGAGUACCUGGCUGAGGAGCAUCCCUGUCACUGCCGGCCCUGCCAGAACAACGGCCAGGCGCUGCUAACAGGCUCCGAGUGUCGCUGCGUCUGCCGGCCGGGAACGUCGGGACAAGCCUGCGAGAGCGGAGCUGUGAUUGGUGAACAACCAGGGGUGAUCCAUGGCAGCUGGAGCUGCUGGGCCUCCUGGGGAUCCUGCUCUAAAGGUCAAAGGUCAAGGACCCGAAGCUGCAACAACCCCGCCCCCAGCAGAGGAGGCCAACACUGCUCCGGACUGCAGGUGGAGCAGAAGCCUUGUGAGGACGCAGACAUCCAGUACUUACAGAUGAUGGAGCCUCAGUGCUUCGGUCUCUCCGUGACUCCACCAAAGACAUGUGGAGCGCCCCCUAACCUCAGGAACGGAUUUAUUCAGAAUCCCAGAGACUUUUACCUGGUUGGAAACACGGUGCAGUAUUCCUGCAUAUUCGGUCAUUACCUUAGUGGAAGCGCUGUGGCUGAAUGCACUGACAACCAGAAGUGGAGGACAGGAGCGCCACUUUGUAAAAGUUCCACAUGUGGGAUUCCUCAACUCAACAGUGACGUCAUAGCCACGCCUGCCGAAGCAGCCUAUCAGAUUGGAGACAGAGUGUCCUUGUCCUGUCCUGCGGGGUCAGUGCUGGACGCUGAGGUGUCAGAGAUCAUGUGCAGUCCCAGUCUGCAGUGGUCUCCUUCACCAGCCAGUGCUCAUUGUAAAGCCGCGCCCUCAGCUCCCUCCCCUUCUUCUGGCCUGAAGUGUAAUAUGUGGGAGAACGUAGGAAAAACCGAGUGUGUGUGUAAGAUGCCAUCUCAGUGCUCGACUUCCCUGCAGCUGUGCGCCAGACUCGGCUCAAGCCAAACCCGUUUGCUUGGUGUUUGUCAACUUGGAGCUCUGCAGUGUAUGGGGCGGAGCUUCCAGUUGACCAGUGACGGUGACUGUGAGUGGCCAGUGGUGACAUCCACGUCCUGCAAGGACUGCAAACCAGGGACAAUCUGUCAGGGAUCUGAAUGUGUGUGUCAGAACGCGUCAGAAUGCCCGACAGACUCCGCCCCCCUGUGCGUCAGCUCUGGUGCUGGCAGCGUUGCCAUGACGAUGACUGAAUGUGAGGUGGGGGCCAGGCGGUGUGCUGGGGGGGAGCAGGUCAAUGUCGUCAGUAUUGAGGCUUGUCCAGAAUAAAGAUGGCAGAGCACACUGACUCGUAAACAUAAACGAGGGACUUGUUUUUCAAUGAAUUAUAAAAAGAAUCAAAUAUUUUCUACACUUGAAUGAUGUAAAUGUGUUCCUCCGACAUCCUGUGUGUCUUUUUGUGUCAUGAUAAACAACAUUUGCAUUUAAAGUUUAUGACAACAUCCUAUAUAAAUGCCUUUGUUAUUGAUUGUUUUUGUUAUAGGAAGUUAA